AUGACACUGCUGACUCUCGCCAAUUAUAACUUUGCUUUGCUUGUUACUAUGGUGGCGCUUUUGUUUUCCACCACAGCCUCUUAUGUUAUUUUUCUACCAAAUGUUUCGUCUUCCUUCAAUAAUUCAGAAAGAUAUGCUUUAAUACAAAGUGGUUGGUGGACUACAGAACUUGAAUCUCAGUGCCUUUCCCAAUUUGCUCUACCUCAAUCUUUAUGGGAUGGGGCUUACCUCAAUCUUUAUGGAAUGGGGCUUACGGAUAGUAUUCCCAAAGAAAUUGGUACUCUCAUGAAGCUUUCUUAUCUUGAUUUGUCCCAUAAUUAUCUUAAUGGUUCUGAGCUGGAUGUGGUACCUUCUCAUCUUAUGUUCUCUCGUUUGAUUUCUCCCCGAAAUCUCCUCGGUGGUCGAGAGCUCUCCACAGGUGGACCAACAAGGGCUACAGAACUUGAAUCUCAGUGCCUUUCCCAAUUUGGUCUACCUCAAUCUUUAUGGGAUGGGGCUUACCUCAAUCUUUAUGGAAUGGGGCUUACGGAUAGUAUUCCCAAAGAAAUUGGUACUCUCACGAAGCUUUCUUAUCUUGAUUUGUCCCAUAAUUAUCUUAAUGCUACAGAACUUGAAUCUCAGUGCCUUUCCCAAUUUGGUCUACCUCAAUCUUUAUGGGAUGGGGCUUACCUCAAUCUUUAUGGAAUGGGGCUUACGGAUAGUAUUUCCAAAGAAAUUGGUUCUAAGCUGGAUGUGGUACCUUCUCAUCUUAUGUUCUCUCGCUUGAUUUCUCCGCGAAAUCUCUUCGGUGGUCUAGAACUCUCCACAGGUGGACCAACAAGUGCUACAGAACUUGAAUCUCAGUGCAUUUCCCAAUUUGGUCUACCUCAAUCUUUAUGGGAUGGGGCUUACCUCAAUCUUUAUGGAAUGGGGCUUACGGAUAGUAUUCCCAAAUAA